AUGGAUUAUUCCCCAUCUCGCGUCGCAUACGGUUCGAGCUCUACCAACGUGGAGCAAGCCAUUGCUUGGGCACGAAGGGGAGGUAUUGUGACAUUCUGCUGGCAUUGGGGUUCUCCAACUGGCGCUUACAACUCCGCUUCCCAGCCGUGGUAUUCCAAUUUUUAUACUGCUGCAACUAACUUCGAUGUCGCUGCAGCUAUGAACGACCCCAACUCGAACAAUUACAAACUUAUUGUACGCGACAUUGAUGCCAUCGCUGUACAACUGAAGAGACUCCAGGCAGAAGGCAUUCCUGUCCUCUGGAGGCCAUUCCACGAAGCUGAUGGAACAUGGUUUUGGUGGGGAGCAAGGGGGGCCGAACCAUGCAAGAAGCUCUGGGCUCUUCUAUACGACCGGCUCACCAAUUACCACAAACUCAACAACCUCAUCUGGGUAUGGAACUCGGUGAGCAGCUCUUGGUAUCCGGGUAACAAUAUGGUGGACAUUGUCUCGACCGAUGUUUACGCCUCUGCAGGGAAUCACGAUGCUCAAACCUCCACUCACAAUUCUCUGAAGUCUCUCUCGCACCUUGGUCAUGUUUGGGUGGUUUGGGGUGGAGAAUUCAUCGAUGAUGGAAAAUACAACUCGAGGUCGUUCCUGCAAACCACUUACAACUCCCAAGAUGUUUUAUCCUUGGAUGAAAUCUCAGGAUGGAAAUCAGGAAAUAGUCCAACAACUCGACCAUCCACAACACCUACAGAGGUUCCAUCGGGCAAUGGCUCCCCGCUGUAUGGACAAUGUGGUGGACAAGGAUGGGCAGGCCCAAGUACUUGUGCUUCAGGGACUUGUAAAUACUCAAAUCCUUCGUAUUCUCAAUGUCUGCCGUAA